CCGGGGGGCUUCUGGGGGCGUGCGCCCCCAGCCGGCUGCCCUCGUGGAUGCCUCCCGGCGGCGGCGGGCCCAUGAAAGACUGCGAGUACAGUCAGAUCAGCACCCACAGCUCCUCCCCCAUGGAGUCGCCCCACAAGAAGAAGAAAAUCGCGGCCCGGAGGAAAUGGGAGGUUUUCCCGGGAAGAAACAAGUUCUUCUGCAACGGCAGGAUCAUGAUGGCCCGGCAGACGGGCGUCUUCUACUUGACUCUCAUCCUCAUCCUGGUCACUAGCGGACUCUUCUUCGCCUUCGACUGUCCGUACCUAGCAGUGAAAAUCACCCCCGCCAUCCCCGUGGUUGGUGGCAUCCUCUUCUUCUUUGUGAUGGGGACCCUGCUGCGCACCAGCUUCAGUGACCCGGGAGUCCUUCCGAGAGCCACGCCCGAUGAAGCCGCCGACCUGGAGAGACAAAUAGAUAUCGCAAACGGCACCAGUUCAGGGGGGUACCGCCCACCUCCCAGAACCAAAGAAGUCAUCAUCAAUGGCCAGACUGUGAAACUUAAGUACUGUUUCACCUGCAAGAUUUUCCGGCCCCCUCGUGCCUCUCACUGUAGCCUUUGCGAUAACUGCGUAGAACGGUUUGAUCACCACUGUCCCUGGGUAGGCAACUGUGUGGGGAAAAGAAACUACAGAUUUUUUUAUAUGUUUAUUUUAUCUCUGUCUUUUCUGACAGUCUUUAUAUUUGCAUUCGUUAUCACCCACGUCAUUCUUCGUUCACAACAGACAGGAUUCCUAAACGCACUUAAGGACAGUCCUGCAAGCGUGCUGGAGGCUGUGGUGUGCUUCUUCUCUGUCUGGUCUAUCGUCGGCCUCUCGGGUUUCCACACGUACCUGAUCAGCUCCAACCAGACGACGAAUGAAGACAUUAAAGGAUCUUGGUCAAAUAAAAGAGGCAAAGAAAAUUACAAUCCCUACAGCUACGGGAAUAUCUUCACAAAUUGCUGUGUUGCCCUGUGUGGGCCCAUCUCUCCAAGCCUCAUUGACAGAAGAGGGUACAUCCAGCCUGACACGCCACAGCCAGCCGCACCCUCCGACGGGAUUGCCGCGUACGGGGCCACGCAGUCCCAGAGCGACAUGUGCGACCAAGACCAGUGCAUUCAGAGCACCAAAUUCGUUUUGCAGGCCGCGGCCACACCCCUGCUGCAGAGCGAGCCCAGCCUCACCAGCGACGAGCUGCACCUGCCCGGGAAGCCGGGCCUGGGCACGCCCUGCGCCAGCCUGACUCUCGGGCAGCCCACGCCGCCCUCCUCCAUGCCCAGCCUCACCGCCGAGGCCGCGCUCACAGACGUACUGCCCCUGAAAGAGGAGCACGUGGGCCACCAGUUCCUGACCCCAGAGGAAGCGCCCUCACCCCCCAGGAUGCUGGCGGGCAGCCCCCUGGCCCACAGCCGCACCAUGCACGUGCUGGGUCUGGCCAGCCAGGACUCUCUGCACGAGGACUCGGUGCGCGGCCUGGUGAAGCUCAGCUCCGUGUGACCACAGCCCAAGGGGGCGGGGGAGGGGGGGUGGCAGAUGGCGGGAGCUUUCUCAUGACCCAGUUCCCCGGUGGGUGAGGACGACUCCGGGGCCUGGAGCACCAAGACCCCUCGGAGAGCAGAUGGAUCCUCCUCAGAGGGCAGAGGAGGGCAGGGCCCACAAUGCCUGCGGCUUGGGUCGAGUUGAAUUUUCUUCCCCACCCUGACUGCUUUGAUAACAAUGAAAAUGGCUAUCUAAUAACUAAUGAAAGUGGCUAUUUUCCGGCGAUUGGCAUUUGAGGGGUGGGCCUGGGGAGAAAGGAGCAGUCUCCGGGGCUGCAGGCCGAGUCUGGGAGGAAAGGACCGUGUUCGGCUGGAUGUUCUGCGGUCCGCCCGGGGCUCUCGGGACAGACACGUGGGAAGGUUGAGGACACUGGUGGCCAGACUGAAUUUGCACUUCCGUGUUAUGCUACUAAUAUUUGAAACAGACAUACCAUUCCAUUUGUUAAUUAAAAAAACAAAAAAACAAAACAAAACCAAAAACCUAAAGGGGGAAAAAAAAAUGACCAGAUCUGGAUUUGCAUGCCACGCUACGUCUGUUUACAAGUGGUGUUGGUAUUCAAAAGGAAAUGCUGCUUGCUUGCUUUCUUUCUUCUAAUUUGGUGAAUUUUCCAGUGCUGUUUUAUGGGAAGACAGUGCGACACACCGAGGCUAAUGGACAAUGGCAUCACUCGCCCGCUUCUUGAGCUUACUUAGACAGGGGUAGGUGGCGCCCGGGCUGCAGAGGGCUGCUGGGGUUUUAGCCUAUCAAGUAUCAGUUAACCUUCUGUUUAGUAGUUAGAUGAGCUAUUGUGUUGUACUACGCCUGCCACAGUUUCCACCUCCUUGUGUGACCAAACUUCCUGUGGACAGCCAAUAAAAUGACGUCCUCUGUUA